CACUUCCGGGUUGGAAGACGAGUGGCUACAAUAUCACGGGGAAUAGGAUGGAAGAAGACUCAAGCAGAUUUAAAAUCCACACUGCAGUUUUUUACAAGAAAAAGAAACGGUCUUCUGUGUCCGAGGAAAGACCCCAAAUAAGAACCCCUGAGACCCUGGAGAGUGAGCAUCCUCCGGUGUCCAAGCCAAGGAAGAAGAGGAGGAAGGAGUCCCAGACUCCAGCCCCUAAGACCCUGGAGAGUGAGCAUCCUCUGGUGUCCAAGCCGGGGAAGAGGAGGAAGGAGUACCAGAUUCCAGCCCCUGAGACCCUGGAGAGUAAGCAUCCUCUGGUGUCCAAGCCAAGGAAGAAGAGGAGGAAGGAGUACCAGACUCCAGCCCCUGAGACCCUGGAGAGUGAGCAUCCUCUGGUGUCCAAGCCGGGGAAGAGGAGGAAGGAGUCCCAGAUUCCAGCCCCUGAGACCCUGGAGAGUGAGCAUCCUCCGGUAUCCAAGCCAGGGAAGAAGAGGAGGAAGGAGUCCCAGACUCCAGCCCCUGAGAGCUUGGAGAAUGAGCAUCCUCUGGUGUCCAAGCCGGGGAAGAGGAGGAAGGAGUCCCAGACUUCAGCUCCUGAAAACUUGGAGAGUGAGCAUCCUCAGGUAUCCAAGCUGGGUAAAAGGAAGGAGUCCCAGACUCCAGCCCCUGAGAGCUUAGAGAGUGAGCAUCCUCGGGUGUCCAAGCCGGGGAAGAGGAAGGAGUCCCAGACUCCAGCUCCUGAGAGCCUGGAGAAUGAGCAUCCUCGGGUGUCCAAGCCGGGGAAGAAGAAGGAGUCCCAGACACCAGCCCCUGAAAGCUUGGAGAGUGAGCGUCCUCACAUAGCCAAGAGGAAGAAGGGGAGGGAGUUCCAACAACUUACUUCUUCCCUUCUGAAAAAUUCAGAAACCUUCCAUAAAGCCAAAAAGACCAUUUCUACCCAUAAAAAAAAGAGAAGUAGUGUUUGGGAGGUGGAUGUGGAAACAGGGAUCAUUCUUGUAAAUAAAGAAAACAUAGAGAACCUGCUGGAGAGUUCUAGAAAAGAUGUGGAUAUUGUUUAUGUAGAUGUGAGCAAGGGACAAAAGUCAGCAGAAGCAGACAAAGCAGAGGAGCUGUCUGUUGCUGAGUCCCAGAAACAUGACUGUCAAGAGCUGCACACUGAUGUUAGGAGCAAAAAGAAUCAAAAGCAUUUGAAGAAAGUUGUAUGCAGGGAUGCUGUACGGGAAAGCCAGCAUGAGAACAUCAUCUUGCCCCACUCAGAAUCCUUGUCUUCUAUGAAUCUAGAAGGCAAAAGCACAGAACUAGUGAUGUCUUGUAAAAAGAAGUCUAAGGAAAAAGUGGUCACGAACCAGGAAUUGGGGGUCAUGCCUGAGAGUGUUGGUAGCACACACCCUGGAGGAGAGGCUGGGACUGGAGAAGUAGGUGAGAGGAUCAAAGGAUCCCAUAGUAUCAGGAAAAAGUCUAAGAAAAGGAAGUGUGCGUCUGUUCCUAUUGCCACCUCUGGUGACAAUGUCUCACUGCCUGACGACAAUGCUGAGAAUGCCCUCGUGGAUUCAUUGGAAGGCAGCAAUGCUUUGAGGGAAGAGGAUGUGGACCACAGACCAAGGGAGGCAGGAACCCAGGCUUGUUCCAGCGAGAAGCAUGCAGAAGAGAUGCAGGGGUUAGAAUCCACCCCUGAAGAAGAAAGCAAUUUGGAAUCGGUCAGCAAUUCCACAGCAAGAUAUGUAUCUGAAGAUGGGAGAGACUCUGAUGAAUCAGACGUGGAUUUGGGCUCUGCAGUGAAGCAGCUCCAAGAGUUCAUUCCUGACAUACAGGAAAGGGCAGCCACCACAAUCAGACGCAUGUAUCGGGAUGACCUGGGGCGAUUCAAGGAAUUUAAGGCACAAGGUGUUGCUAUUAGAUUUGGCAAAUUUUCUGCUAAAGAAAAUAAACAAAUAGAGAAAAACGUGCAAGAAUUCCUGUCCCUGACUGGAAUUGAGAAUGCAGACAAGCUGCUGUACACAGACAGAUAUCCAGAGGAAAAGUCUCUGAUCACCAAUUUAAAACGAAAGCAUGCGUUCAGGCUGCACAUUGGGAAAGGUAUCGCUCGGCCCUGGAAGCUUGUGUACUAUCGCGCAAAGAAGAUCUUUGAUGUGAAUAAUUACAAAGGCAGGUACAAUGAAGAAGAUACUAAGAAGCUAAAGGUAUACCAUUCCCUCCAUGGAAACGACUGGAAAAAGAUCGGGGCCAUGGUAGCCCGAAGCAGCCUCUCUGUCGCCCUGAAGUACUCUCAGAUUGGUGGUCACAUAAACCACGGUGCUUGGAGUAAGACUGAAACUCAGAGACUAAUCAAGGCUGUGGAGGAUGUGAUCCUAAAGAAAAUGUCUCCCCAGGAGUUAAGAGAACUGGAUUCUAGACUCCAGGAAGACCCUGAAGGUCGCCUGUCCAUUGUCCGGGAAAAACUGUACAAGGGCAUUUCAUGGGUGGAAGUGGAAGCCAAAGUGGAGACCAGAAACUGGAUGCAGUGCAAAAGUAAGUGGACAGAGAUUCUCACCAAAAGGAUGACCCAAGGUGGGUUCGUGUAUCGUGGCGUAAAUGCUCUGCAAGCCAAAAUCACCCUUAUUGAAAGGUUAUAUGAACUAAAUGUGAAUGAUGCUAAUGAAAUAGAUUGGGAAGAUCUUGCUAGUGCCAUAGGGGAUGUCCCUCCACCUUUUGUUCAGGCAAAAUUUUAUAAGCUGAAAGCUGCCUAUGUUCCUUUUUGGCAGAAAAAGACUUUUCCAGAGAUCAUUGACUACUUAUAUGAGACCAGUCUGCCUUUGCUGAAGGAAAAGUUAGACAAGAAGAAGGAGAAAGACAGUAGCCAGAUCCAGACGCCCUCAGCUCCCAAACAAGACUUCCUGUUCAAAGACAUCUUCUAUUGCGAUGAUGACAGUGAUGGGGAGGGCUCAGAGGAGCCCAGUGCCCCUGGUGUGCAGUGACUGCGGCCCUCCUCUUCCUCAGACUGCUCUCUGUUCCCUUGGACCUCUUCCUGCGCAUCUCCUCUUCUGGGUGGACUGCUGGUGGCCAUAGCUGCUGGCAUACUUGCGUUCCUUGCGGAAGCUCAGCUGUUAGUCUUGGGAGAAUUUGUCCAGCUGAUGCACAGCUCCCAUAGGAAUCUCAGUACAGGGUGAAAGGAGACUCCUCUCUCAGUCAGGAAAGUGAAACCACCAAGGGUGUUCCAGAGAGAGAACUUUCUACCGGGGUUUAGGUAACACAAGGUGUUCUACGAGAUCACACUGCACAGGCAAAGAGCGUCACAAGAUUGAGGCCAGCCUGGGCUACAUAAUGAGACCUUGUAUCAAGCACACACACACAGAUUGUUUAGUGGGAUGCUGGAGCCAGCAGGAGGAGUGCAUUGCCCGGAGAGCAGCAGCAUGCAGAGAAGCUGUGUAGUCCUGCAGACCACCCCAAUUUUCCCAUGUUCCAACCAGCUGCUCCCGUACCCCAGGCUGUCCACUGCUGCUGGCCUGUGUCCCUCCAUCAUCACAUGCCUCUGCAGAGACAUGUGUCAGUGUGUGACCUUAGCAGAAAUGUGCUGCAAGGGAGUCUGGGACACCAGGUGUUCAGACUUGUAUCCCAUCUGUGCUGGGGAGCACAGGGAAAGGAAAGUGUGGCAAAUUGUACCAUGUGCUCUGUUCCCAUUGGUGCCCCUCCACAAUCUCCUGUCCUCUUGCAGCUCUCA